AUUAAAAACUGUGUCUGUCUUAGUGUUGUUUCUCAUGUUAAGGCAUUGUGCCGCAUGUUUCGUCUGAUGCGCUGCUGGAGUGUCGCCUUUCCUUUACGCGCCGAGGACAGCUCUCCGAACACGCUGGUCACUCAGAUUUCCUGCACAGGAGACAAGCAUGCUGUAGGGUGAAAUGGGCUCCGUAAUGACAACCCAAGCAGCUAAACAGGAGAAGUGUUACGACCCUGGAGACAAAACGCUUAAAUUUGUGGAUGGAGAAGACGUCUUGGAUUUUCUGUAUGAAGGCUUCAAGUCUCCCAGAGCUCAGAUGUCCUGUGGUCAUGCUGUGACCCCCACAUCUCUCACCAACUGGUGUCUCAGGCAGCUGAAUCAGGGUGACAGCAGAUUUGUGUGUGGUCAGUUUGGUUGUGGCGCUGAGUGGCCUUAUGUGGAGGUUUGUAAAAUGGCUCUCCUGACCCCUGAAGAAAAGAAAUACUUUGAAAAAACGUUGGCCUUGAAUGCUGCCAGGGAGAACAUUCUUAUCAAAGCAUGUCCUGGAUGUAAAUCCUCUGUGAUGAGAACGAAUAAAUCCAACCUGAAUGUCUGCUGCAAACUGUGCACCUCAAACAAAGGACGGACCUUUGAAUUCUGCUGGCAGUGUCUGAAGGAAUGGAAAGGUCCAAAACCGCGAUCAGACCGCUGUGGAAACAAUGGCUGCUGCAACCAGCUACUGAAAACCCUGCAAACCUGUCCAAAUGUCGUCUUUGAGACGAUGCCGGGCAUCACUGGGUGUCCGUCCAUCCGGGCCUGUCCCACCUGUGGCUCACUGCUGGAGCACAGCAAAAAAUACUGUAACUUUGUUGUCUGUCCUAGAUGUCAAGCAAACUUCUGUUUCGUGUGCUUGCAGCAGCGUCAUCACCGUUCAAGCUGUACUGUCGCCCCCAGACAGACCUCUAUACCUGUGUGGCAUCAUGUGAACCACACCAGACCAUUUUCCCUCCAGUAACAAGUGCACCUAUUUUCCAUGCAGAAACAUCUGGCAAAUAUAGUCACAUUUGUGUUUUGUUUGUGAGAAAUGUGUUGCCAAAUGUAAUCAUUAUAACUGAUGCGUUCCUGAAUUAUAGAGAUGACAGUCAGUCAGAAGCAGGAGGUGGAACAUGCAUACAUGUGCACUGCUGCAUAUCUAUAAUAAAUAUAUAUCAACCUGAAUGUUGUAUAAUUAGUCAUUUACUGUCAUUAUGUGCUGUCCAUAUAUUUGUAUAAAUUUUAUUUUUAAGCUUUGACUUGUUCAAAUUUUCAUGUCAAUAAAUAGCAACGCCAGAUUCAGGGCCCACUCCACGGUGAAAACUGGCCUAAAAGGGCAGGCUGUGCUUUGGCAUCCUCUAGUAGUUAAAUACUGGGUUGCUAUUAUUUACAACAAAGAUUGUUAGAUGCAGCUAUGUCUAAGUAAUGCAUACAUGUUUUUAUUUUUUCAAUAAUCCAUGUAGUUUUUGAAUUAUGAACCAUUAAAGUUGAAAAAGUC